AUGUAUGAAAAAGAGCUGAACACAAGCGGAGAGGAUAGGAGGGCUUCCACACCCACCCCACCGCAGCCGUCCGUUCCAGACACCGCUUCCUUGUCCCCAACAGCACAGAUAGCCUCAAACCAAGGCGCUAAGCAGCGCUGUGAAAUUCACACGCGCAAGCCAUACACUGGGAACCGGCCACGACAACCGAGGAAAAACCGGCCGGGUGAGGAGACGCCAGGCGGCCCCCUGUCAUCUGAGGACAACACGCCCAGGAGAGAAGUGGCAGGACACAGGAGGAGUUGCCCCGAAACAAGCCCGCAGCCUCCCCACUUUCUUGGGAAUGCCAUGCCCUCCGCAGCCGGGAGAGGCCAGGCCACAGGGCUUGGCGCCGGGUCCCGGGAGAUCGCUCCCCGCCGAGGCCCCUGCCCGACCGCUCUCCCGCUUCGACUCACCGCCGGUGUGUCUUCUGGUUCUCAGCCGCGAGCUGGGGCAGCCGUGAGGAGGCGGCGGAGGAGACGAGAUCCGGGGCCCCGCCGCCGGGUCAUCAUACCCCCUGCGCGAGCCGGCCCGGGCCCCGGCCCCCGCCCCCCGGAGCCGUCCCCGCGCCCGUCCCGCGGGGGGAGCCCUCUCAGCCUCCCGCCCGCUCCACCGCCCGGCCCCUCUCCGCCGCCGCCGCCGCCUCUGACCCGCGCGCUCCCUCCUCGGCCUCCCGCUGCUGUCCGGGGCCACCGCCGGGCCCCUAGCUCCGCAGCCGCGGUUGUCGCCAGACCCGACAAGCUGAGCGCCGAGCGUCCGCCCUCAUCCGGCCCGCCCCGCCUCACGGGAACUAGUCCCGGGUCCCGCGCCAUGAUACCUACUGAGGCGGAAGUCCGGGAGAGCAGGAGGAUUACGACGACCUCAUAUUACGGGACAUUUUGAGGAUUGGGUUCCAGCAGAAGUGAUGACUUUGGCCGAACAUGAUCUUGAGUGAAGACUAUGCCUGUGGGAUUAAAGAGAAAGAGUCAAGGACUUCCCUGGUGGCGCAGCAGAUAGGAAUUCACCUGCCGAUGCAGGGGAAACUGGAUCGAUCCCUGGUCCGGAAAGAUCCUGCAGGCAACUAAAGCCUGUGCACCACAACUACUGAAGCCCGUUUGCCUAGAGCCUGUUCUCCCCAACAAGAGAAGCUGCCACAAUGAGAAGCCUGUGUACUGCAACCAAGAACAGGAAAGUGACUCAAGAGAGAGGUGGUGGUGCACAAUAUUGUGAAUGCAUUAAAUGCCACUGAAUUGUACACUUAAAAA